AUGUUUAGAUUCAUGAUCUUCUUUACGGCUACCUACCUUAUUAGUACUGAGUAUAUUUCCGAGUCUAAGUCUAAGGGUGAGGUACUGCUUUUCCGUCGCAGCCACAUCCCUAAGCACUCUGGUAGCUCUAAGGGUGAUAUCGAGGCGCCUUAUGUUGUAACCCUAGCCGAGAAGAAGGACGGUGUAGACACAGAGGGUGAAGUCAUUACGAGUAUCACAAGAUAA